AGUCGCCGUGGCCGAUCCACUUCCGGUUGUCAGUGAGAUCACGCACUACGCAUGCGCAUUAUCGAGGCGCGUAAAUCGGUCUGUGCCUGAGUUGAUAGGCGUUUCGUACGCGAUCGUGUGAAUUAUCUCCUCCAAACUUGCCUUCUAAACAUGGCGAGUGUGAAAGGAAUGGAGGGCUACGUUGGAUUCGCCAACUUACCGAAUCAAGUAUUUCGGAAGAGUGUGAAAAAGGGAUUCGAAUUCACCGUCAUGGUUGUAGGGGAGUCUGGUCUUGGCAAGUCUACACUGCUCAACUCUCUUUUUUUGACUGACCUCUACACCCCUUCAUCAUAUCCUAGCAUCAAGGAGAAACUGAAUAAAACUGUAGAGGUGAAACCAUGCACUGUUGAGCUGAAAGAGGGAGGUGUGCGUCUGAGACUCACUGUGGUAGAUACACCUGGCUUUGGUGACGCUGUCGAUAAUACAGACUGUUGGAAACCAGUCAUCAAAUAUAUUGACAGCAAGUUUGAAGAACACCUAAAUGCAGAGUCAAGAGUUCAAAGAAGUCCCUUCCCUGAUAAUCGAGUUCAUUGCUGCUUGUACUUUAUCUCGCCUACCGGGCACUCACUAAAGCCACUGGACAUCGAGUUCAUGAAAAAGUUACACAAUAAGGUGAACAUUGUUCCAGUCAUAUCAAAAGCUGAUACUUUGACUACAGAAGAAUGUACAAGAUUUAAAAAACAGAUUCUACAAGAGAUAAAGGAGAACAAUAUCAGUAUUUAUGAGUUUCCAGAUCUAGGGGGAGAAGAAGAUGCUGAACUAGAUGCCGUUAAUAUGAGAGAUAAAGUUCCAUUUGCUGUUGUUGGUAGCAACACAGUCUUAGAGGUGAAUGGCAAGAGAGUCAGAGCUCGCGUCUACCCUUGGGGAGUUGUCGAAGUGGAAAAUGUUGAGCAUUGUGAUUUUGUAGCAUUACGGAACAUGCUAAUCAGGACGCAUAUGCAAGACCUGAAGGAUGUCACAAACGAUGCUCAUUAUGAGAAUUAUCGCUGCGACAAACUUGCUUCCAUGACUGUGGGCUCCCCAUCCUCUUCACCAUCCCAUGUUUCCCUGUCCAAGAGCCCGCUUGAGCAGCUGGAGGCAGAAAAAGAUGAUCAUGAGAAGAAACUGAAAAAGAUGGAACAAGAAAUGGAACAGGUGUUUGAUAUCAAAGUCAAAGAGAAAAAGAAGAAACUUAAAGACUCUGAAGCAGAGCUUGGGAAGAAACACGAACAGAUGACAAAUCAGCUUGAACAACAGCUCAAAGAACUGGAGGAGAAGAGAAAAAAGUUUGAAAAGGAGAAGAAGGAAUAUGAGGACCAAAGACUAGCAGACAAAAAGCUGGAGAGGUCGGACUCGUCAAGCAAAUCGCUCAAAAAUCUACUGAGGUGCAACUCUGACCGUAAGGCAGGAGCCCAGCUUCAGUCACCACAAAAAGCGUUGCAGGGGGCCCUGUGUGGCCUACCAGGUUUUAAAAGCCACUUUUAAACCACACAAUAACACCCCAGGAGGUCAAUAGAUGGAAUAGUUAAAGAAAAGGACAAGAAGAAAGACAAAAAGAAGGGAUUCUUUUAAAUAGACUUUAAUUUUAUUGGUUGUUCCGUGAUUUGUCCAUGUAAAUCCUUUUGGAGUAGCUGUUAAAUGCUCAAAGGCAAGUGAUGGCACUGCUAUUAGAAAAUUGGAUGAAAAUGUGACUAAACCCUGUGCUCAAAGAAACAAAAUAGUGUAAAUGACUCACAUGGGUAAACCAGUGGAUCCUUUUAAUUGUAUUUUAUAAAAUGAAUUUCCUAUUCAACUGCUAAAUGCUAGUUACAUAGAUUUAAUUUCAAUAAGCAGCAGAGGUUAUAUCUAUUAAUGUAGAAGUAUUUAACAAACAUUCCUAGAAUCUGAAAGGGUGCAGCCUAUUGACUCAGAGAAUACGAGGGCAAGAGAAAUCAUUGUUUUAGUCAAAUCACAUUAGUAGGUCUGCUUGUUUAGGCACAAGCUUCCAACCUCUCAGUCGAACCCAGUAACAACUUGAAUAUUUUCAUAAUUGAUCCCCUCCUGUAAUUGUCCUAUAAUUGCCUUAUAUCCUAGAAUACAGGUCACAAUAAACUCUCAUUGCUUUGUAGUUGUGUGUAUUUAUUAAGAAUAAGCGGUAUUUCUGACGUUUGAGCAGUUGAGGAAAUCAAGUAACGUGGAAUCCCUCAACUGCUUAAACAUUAGAAAUAUGGCUUAUUCUGAAUAAAUGCACAUCACAAAGCAAUAAGAGUUUAUUGUGGCCUUUCAGGCCAGUUGCCGGGGGGGGGGGGGGGGGGGGGGUUCUGGGGGUUCGGAAGAACAAUCCCACUUGACUGGAAGGUCCGCUUUGAUGAAGGAAAAUUGAGUACCACUGCGAGUAGGACAACAUACCUAAGAGGAAAUGGUCCACUUUAUAGUUAAACAAACCCCCCCCCCCCCCCCCCCCCCCCCGCUCAAAAUCCUGGCUACGGGCCUGCCUUUAUUCUAGAAUAUAAGACGAUUAUAGGACAAUUACAAGAGGUGUUAAGUCGUGAAAAAAUUCAGGCUAGUUACUGGGAUUGACUGGAGACUGAAGAGAGGUUGGUGAGCCUGUGGUUAGGCAAAAAACUUCGUCUGGUCUGGCCAUUUUUUGGCAUUCGACCCGGCCCUUUUUGCUGAUAAAAGGUUAUAACUUUUAGACUACCAAACAUGCGGAAUGACGAUAGAGUGUUGGUGUCAUUUGACUAAAUAUGAAUGAUCUACCCCCUCCCCCAAUGAGAGCUUUUCAUCAUCUUACGAUAUUAGUCAUAGUUUAAUGCUUUUAUUGUGCAAUUCUAUUGAUAUAUUCAACAGGGUAGUUAGCUUCUUGAUAAUAAAGGUGAGACUCCUCGAUAGUAGCAUAAUUGGGCCCUACUUUAUGUGGAAGUGUUUUCCGCCCUUUGGGAGUCGGAAAAGGGUCAGUUGGAAACCAAAAGAAUCUACCCUUGAUCCAGCUUAUCGUGGAUUCAUAGCAAAUGCUAUGGAAAGCAAGUUCAUAUAGCCUAUUUCACUUUGAUAAAAUACUAAAUCCUCAACAAAAAGUACUUUUUAGGGUAUAUUUUUCUGAGUAUCCCAAGGUGUGGAUACCAGGGCAUUAAUAAAUUCCCAAACAUGAAGUUACAAAAUUCUAUUGAAUAUUGAAAAGAAACCCUCUUUCCUUCCAUACUUUGUAACAAGACUUCAUUCGUUAGCUAAUAAUAUAUUAUAUCAACAAAUGUAAUGUUUCAUAUAAACUAUAAAAAUAAAUUGCUAGAACAGA